AUGUCCACAAACCCUUCUCAUAUCCUCAUUGCCCGUAACUCUCGUGGCCUCAACAACCCAGCAGCAUCGUUGAGCUCUCCUACGGAGACACAUGCAGCAGCGUCUGGCAUCUUUCGCUCUUCUGGCUCGCCACCUUGGCUUCUCGAAGAGUGCGAGGCAGAUGAUAUCGUUUCGGAACUGAGCACCGAUUCUGACGACGAAGCCAUUGAAAUCGACGAUACCUUUGCAAAGCACAAUAGAUUUCCGGGGACCGUCAAGAUUGUUGUUGAGAGCACUACCUUUUGGGCGCACAAGGAGGUCCUUUUCUUUGCAUCCCCCUUUUUUGAAGCUGCUUUGAGCGGAAAUUGGUCCGAGACUGGUCGACCACCGUCCAUGUCUUCUGUCAUCACAAUAUCGCAACCGCCAUCCAUACCAGGGGGUAAAUCGGUCCCUGAAGUCCCUACCGAGAUGACCUUUGCCCCUAUGGAUCCAGAUGCCGAAGACCUGGAAGCCGCACCAGAUGUUAAAAGUGAUGGCGAAAACAGUGAUCUUGAAGCAACAACGGAGCAAGCCAAAGCGCAAGCCAGGAAUAGCAGCCUGGCCAAGUUACAGGGCACUUCUUCAAGUAGUCAUCCCGAUGAUAAUCACAUAAUAAAGAAACUUCCUCCAGCCCAAGCCACUGUGCGGCGACGCGUAAAGAAUGGUCCGGACGCGGUUGUUGUCCUCAAAGAAGAAAAGGCGAGCACCUUUCACGAUUUUCUCAAAUUUGUGUACCCACACUUAGAGUGCACGAUUGCCUGGAAUAACGUUGAGAGCCUCAUGAACAUCUCACACAAGCUUUGCGUGCCCUCUUUGCAAAAAGAAUGCCUCACGUUUCUUCUUACACACGCUGCUGGGAGGCCUAUAAAGGCCAUGCGAAUUGCUGAACUCUUCGAAGAGGAAGAGUUAUAUCGUGAAUCCAGUCGUUUUGUUCUUGAUAACCCCGGAGGGUGGGCGGAGCAAGAGCUCAGCACCCUUAGCCAGGAAACACUGUUAAAAUUAGAAAAAAGGCGGAACUGGUUUCUGGAGCGGGUGUUGAAACUUGGUUUGACCUUGGUCGCAAAGGAAUAUCAAUGCUGUCCGACCUGUCCAGACUCUUUAAUCUGUGCUCGUCAGCUCGAGGAAAAGUGGAGACAAGCAUACCACUCCGUUUUUCGUUUUGGCCCGCCGCAGCCUUCUAUGGUAUUCCGUUAUCUUCGCAUGUUGGAAGGGGUUAGCCCUCCCCUUUCACUCACUCAGACUGCUUGCCAAGCUAGUGCCAAGGCCUUUACCGCUACUCGUACGUCAAGGCGACACAUCUAUUACCCACUACUAAUACCUCUUCUAGUUUUUGACAGAAUGUUCUCUCUAGGCAUGCGAGGAAAUGGCGCCGAUACAGCACCCCUCGGUGCCCGCGUUUCAGCGGCAGCUGUCGCUGGUGCUGCUACUGGGCCCCGCCGCCACUUCCUCUAUUGCACGUUGAAGUCAGACGUAUCGCAGAAGCCACGGAAAUCUAGAGAGCAGGGAACAUAG